ACGAUCCGUCAUCUCCUGUCCGUUGCUUCUACUCUCCCAGCUCACUCACGCACCUCGACUCUCUCACCAGUCGCCACUACCAUCACCACCACCGAGGCCUGCCCCAUUGUCGCCGCCGCCGCCGCUCGCCGCUCGCCGAGCUCCGUCGCCGCCGUCGGCCGUACGGUGCGCGAACGCACGAGCGGAUCGCUGGAUCCUGGCUCGCGUCCUCCUUCGCCGCUCGCUCGUUCUCUGAGGGAGUGACCUCGCCGUCGCGCGACGACGACGAAGGUUUCCGAAGAGGUAGCUCGCGUCUUCCACCGGUCCGAGAGAGCGUUGGUUUCCGGCCGGGGUGGGGGGGAUUCGUCGUGCCGACGCUGGUCUAGGUUCGAGCUUCGAGCUUCGAGCUUCGAGCUUCUGGAGUGGGUGGAUGUGUCGGUGGUGCCGAGAUUCGGUUUAGAGGUCCUCGCGGUUCGAGCUCUUGAGGAGGAGGAGGAAAAGAUGUUCGGAAUCUCGCGCCGGAGGAUGAAGAUCGGGAGGGUCAAGAAGGUGCAGCUUUCGGACGCGACGCAGGGUACUAGGAGUCCUAUGAGGCAAAUAAAACGCGGAAACAAUCAAAAUAAUGAAGGCGCUGUGCCUGCCAGUGAUUGUUCCAAUGAAAAUGAUUCGCAGAGUCCUUCCUCUGCCCCUGAAAUUAGUAGCUCUGAGAAUUGGAAGGUUUUAUCUAUAUCUGGGGAGAAGCCAAUGCCUCGUUUCAAUCAUGCGGCGACAGUAAUUGAGAACAAGAUGAUAGUGGUAGGUGGUGAAUCUGGAAAUGGCCUACUAGAUGAUGUUCAGGUACUUCGUUUUGACAGAUUUUCAUGGACUGCAGCUUCUUCGAAACUUUACCUGUCACCAAGCAGUCUCCCUUUAAAAAUUCCUGCAUGUCGUGGUCACUCUCUGGUUUCUUGGGGGAAAAAGGUGCUACUAGUUGGAGGGAAAACUGAACCAGGGACUUAUAAAUUGUCAGUGUGGGUGUUCGACACUGAAACAGAGUGCUGGUCUUUGAUGGAAGCUAAAGGGGAUGUACCGGUUUCUCGUAGCGGUCAUUCUGUGGUCAAGGCAAAUUCUGUUUUAAUCCUCUUUGGGGGUGAAGAUGCUAAAAGGAGAAAGCUAAAUGAUCUACAUAUGUUUGAUCUGAAAUCAUUGACAUGGCUUCCUUUACAUUGCACGGGUUCGGGACCAUCUCCAAGAUCCAAUCAUGUUGCUACUCUUUAUGAAGAUAAAAAUCUUUUUAUUUUUGGAGGAUCAUCAAAAUCGAGAACAUUGAAUGACUUGUAUUCAUUAGACUUUGAAACGAUGAUUUGGUCAAGAAUCAAGAUUCGAGGCUUCCAUCCGUCACCAAGAGCUGGUAGCUGUGGAGUUCUGUGUGGAACAAAAUGGUACAUUGCGGGGGGUGGGAGCAGGAAGAAAAGACAUUUAGAAACAGUGAUCUUUGAUGUGUUAAAAAUGGAGUGGUCUGUAGCUGUUGCAUCACCCCCAUCUUCCAUUGCCACCAACAAGGGGUUCAGCCUUGUGCUUGUACGACACAAGGAAAAAGAUUUUCUUGUGGCUUUUGGGGGGACCAAGAAAGAGCCAUCAAAUCAGGUUGAGGUACUAGAUGUGGAUAAGAAUGAGAGUCCAAUAGACCAAAGACCUGUUGCCAAGAAGGCUGCUGGAGCACUGUUUGGGAGACGUUCAUCUUCUAAAGGUCUGGCUACUCAACUAAGCAAUGGUUCUUCACAGCGUUCAGUUGAUUCAGUUGCUCGACAAAAUCUAGCAACUUCCAUAGAGCAACAUGGUUCAGGCAGGAAAUCAUUGUCGGAGUCCACACUCAUUGAUUUAAAUCCAUCUUCUGGCAAUGUCUCACUUCGGAAACAGUUUAGUAAUGAAGAAGAAUAUAGCAGGACUCAAAAGGUGGCUAAGCAUCUUGAAGAUGAAGGUUCAUCGUUACAGGCAACAGAAUGUAAAAGCAUUGGGGAAGAGACGGCUUUGACAUUUGAAGAUGAAAACCUGAGUCCCCGCAUCAAUGGAAAUGAUAGCCUUCCUGUUAACAAUGAUGAUUUAGCAUAUGCGGAAACUAAUUGUAAAGUUGGAGCACCUCCCUCUACUUCAAGCAUAUGCCAGUUAUACAAAACAAAAAUAGACUCCCUUAUCAGAAAAAAUGGAAUACUGGAAGGACAGUUGGCGGCUGCAUUAGCAAACCAAGAAGCUACUGAGAAAAGCUUCUCAUCCAUUCUCAAGUCCAAACAGGAGGUGGAUAAGAAAUUGGCUGACACUAUGAAGGAGAUGGAGGUGCUGAAGGAAAAGCUGGCUGAUCUAGAGGUUACUCAGGAAGAAGCAAACAGUUUGAAUAAUAUUGUCCACUCUGACAACGUUAGGCUUGAACAUGAUGUAGCCUUUCUCAAGGCCGUUUUGGAUGACACUCAAAAGGAGUUGCACUCGACUAGAGGAGUCCUUGCAGGAGAAAGAGCUAGGACUUUCCAGCUUCAGGUUGAAGUUUUCCAUCUCAAGCAGAGGUUGCAAUCUAUAGAAAAUAGGGCACCCACCCCGAGGAAACCUUUCCAUGUUUAGCAGCACAGCAUCCGUCAGAAUAAUGAACAAAUUUUUCUUGGUGGCAUCAUAGCGAGCUGAAGAAUAACCUUCAGGCCAUUCUGUUCUCACUUUGACCGCUGAGUCUCUUGCCUGGUAAGGCAGUGGUGAACGAUUAUGAACAUCUGGCGAAGGACUAUGUAAAGACAAAUCCUUUGAUCUACCUGCCCUUUGUAUAUAUGACUCAACAGUUGUAGUGGCCUUCUAGGUAAGUUGUAAUAUAUCAUCAAUCAACUCAUCUAGUGGGUAAUAAGCGUGGAUCCGGCUAAUUCUAGCGCAGGUGUCAAACUUUGUAAUAUUCAUGUGAAAAUGUCGGAUUUACCAUGAAUCGGUUCUUACUCAAAGCAGGUCAUGGAUUUACUUCA